AUGUGUAUAAAUGAAAUCUAAAUCGGACUGUGUGUUUUAAUAGUUGUCUAUAAAUAGAUUAAAAAUUAAGAUUAAAAAAGUGAAGAAACUGUAAAUAUUUAUUUUAAAACUUUGGAUAUGAUUAAUUUUAAUUCUUACAAUAGAUUGUGCAUUCAAUAUGAGAUUUUGUGA